UGAAAAGGAUAGACGGGUGAUGAAUGGGGCAAACCGUAAUCCCUACAUAUUGUGUUUGACAGCAUUCGAUGGCUGCAUCUUUUGUGAUACCCAUUUGCCGCAGGAGAGUAAAUGAGGCUCUGGGUGCUGGCAUGAAGAAGCUUCAGAGGAUUGCGAAGGAGCUUGCGUGGCUCUGGUCCUCGGUGUUUGGGAGGAAAACCAGUGAGUUCCACAGGAAGACGGAUAAAGUAUUCACAGCCAUCGACCACAAGGCAGAGCAUUCCAGAGAUGCUAGAAUCUGGAGCAAGUGUUCGGCAACCCCCAGGGAAACGGGCUUAAAAACUUUAAAUAGCUCCAUUGAGGUCACAACCGUCGGUGAUUCUGACUCGGCUGCAUCCUACUCCUCAAGCUCAAGACCUGUCGAGUCUAAGGGGAAACCUUUUUCUGGGAGUCAUCAUCACUCACCAUUGCUGUGUCAGAAUGAAUCUCCUGAUGAUGAGAAGGGAGUGUACUUCUUUCCCUUGGAAUCCACGCUUUUGGCCGACUUGUUGAAAGAGGGUUCUUGGCACUGCAACCAACCUGUGGGCAGCACAGAAAGUGACAGCUAUGAAUUCACCAUUCCUUUAAUGAUAUUGGAAAAGGAGAUUGAAGAGCUUGAUAUCACUGCUGUGGGACUGGAGACGUAUGUCUCCUGCAUACACACAAUGGACCUUGCUCAAAGGGAAAUCCUGCGUGUGAUCGAAUCUAUUCAUUGCAUGAAUGUUGGCUCACUUUUCACUCUUGGCUGUGAGCAAGUAGCUAAGCUCGCACGACAGGUCAGUGCGAAGCGCAACUCGCUUGCACUGCAAAACAUUCGAGAUGCUGCUAACGAAGCUGUCAUGCAUCUUAUGAAAUGCCUGGAGGCUAAUGAAAGAGUCCUGGAGGCACCAUUACCCAAUGUCAGUCCUGAGGAGUUUGCGGAGCUCGAGUCAUUUGUUGAAAAUUAUGAGGAAGAGGAGGAGAAAACUCUCAUAUCCAAACUGGAGCAAAUCAGACGAUACCAUAGAGCGCUUGAGGACCUGCAUGUGGAACUCUCAGAUAAGGAGAUGAUGGGCUAUUGGUCAGUGCAUCAGAGGUUUCAUGAAUGCUGCAGAAGUGUUUUAGUCAAACGUCCACGUGUCCUGUCCGUGAAGCCCGUCAUAAUCGGAAUUGUCCGGAAUGCCCAGGUUGUGUUGAUCAGACAGGCUUGGGAUCUUGUGGCCCCUGUGCCAACUUAUGAGAGUUAUGAUGACUUGGAAGGCGCAUACGAAUAUCAGAAGGAAACUCAGAAGUCCUUAGAAGGUCUUCAGCAAGCAAUGGAGAGGGCAAGGAAGCUGCAAAAGCAGGAAGCCGUGUUAAAAAUCCCCGAAGAGGACGAAUGCAUCCAGUUGAUCAGACCGGCCCUUGAGAAAAUCGAACGUCUUGCUGAGCUCUGGGGGCUUGCUGCCGAUUGGAACAGGGCUUGGAGCAAUUGGAUGCAAAUAAAAUUCAAGCGCCUAAAUGCAGGGCACAUGGACAUGGAGGUGGCUGAGAUCUACAGGCGUUGUAUCAGCUUGCACCAAGUAGCAGACAGCACGGCAUCGAUCGCCCUCAAAUCACCAGCAAGUCAACGACUACUGGGCAUUCUUGCCUCUCAGGUGUGUUAAGGAACUUCCCUGCCUGUGACUCUCGAGGCGGCAGAGCCGGAGUUAUGACUGACAAGUGGCUGAAAAUGCACAUAUGUAACUCUUUAUUUUACUUAUUUUUGUCACAAGUAACUGUCAAUGAACAGACUAAGAGUUCAGAAUCUUCAGAUCAAUAUGCUAGGGCAUGUAGGGACAGGGGGCAGAGCUGGAGAGCAUAAUGCAACCACUUCACACACGCUCCUAGUAAAUGCUGAUUUCGGAG